GCAUCGUUCUGUGUUCUUGUUUUGUUGAUUUCUGUUAGAGAUGGGAAAGAAGAGAACGUCGCUGGUGAACGUGCUAUUUGGAUGGAUAAAGAGGCAUUCAAUGAAGGUCAAAGUAUUCCUGGGAACAUUGGCGGCGUUGGGAUCCCUGGUGGUUUUGAAAUACCUUGUUCGAGACCAUGGCUCUUUCUUUGUUGCGUCUGAAACCAUCCAUGCCUUGGGAAUCCUCCAAAAGUUUGUGGAUGAGCAGCAGAAGAAGGAGAUUAAAGACAUCUUGGUGAGGUACGAUAGGACUCUGCUCGUCGCUGAUCCCAGGCGAUGCGAGCCCAAGAAGUUCGGUGGUGGUGGCGCCAGAGCUAGGUUCCAGAAGUCUUACCGUUGAAGUAUCAGAAAGAAGAAUGUUCUUCUUAUGGUGGUUUUGUAUCAUUUUUUAGCCCUUUUAAUGUUCAACUGCAUUUACUUAUAUUAUGUUGUUCGCAGUUAUUCAAUGCUAGAAAUGUUUUGAUUCUAAUUUUCCAAUGCAAAUUUUAUUCUAUCUUGCUCAAGGCCAAAUGCAUGUGCUUGAUGGGUAUUGAAUUUCAUUCUCUUUUGUUUUGACAUUUGUUUUUCCCAAAUAACCGUAUGGUAGUGUUUAGUCCUUGAAGUCUGAAGGCAUUAAGUUAAGGACCUUUGUGUGAGAAAAUAGUGUUUUGAGGCUUAAUGAUCAAAAUGUCCAAACUUGAGGGACUUAAAAAGAAAGGAAAUUAGGAUAAGGAUGGCUGAGUUGUUCUUUCUUUUUCUUCUUCCUUAUCCGCGCAUCUGCUCUUCUUUCUUCUCCCUUGCACCCGACAAGCCCCCCCCCCAGCCACCGACGCACUCCUCUUGAGAAAUUCGGCAAAAGGCUUGAAUUUUCCUCUUCUUUUCUUGUUAAUUCACAAGAUUUGGGGCUUAGAAUCUUCCCUCUCAACCCAGAAAAUCCCGGUUCUGCUCUGGUCUUCUUCCCCUGUCCGCGAGUCGUUUCUGUUGGGUGCGAUUCUUGGGCUUUUCUGGUAAGAACAGCCCUGAAUCUUCCUUUUUCUCUUGAUUUAGGCUUGGGUUUACCUUGAAUUGUGUUUUGGUUUUUGGAUUGGUUUGAUGCGCGCCAAGGAUGAUAACAUCACACACACACCUAUAAAUACAAGACUUAAAAGAUUAGGAGUACUUUAAGUUAUUCCAAACUUAACACUAAAAAGUUAAAAUCACUGUUACAUAUUCCUAUUCUUUGCUUCAACAGAAAAAUGCGUUGCAAAAAUUAAAAGUACAAAUUAGAAAAAAGAAAGGUGAAAAAUGCAUCCAAGUUGAUUUCCCAAUAAGAAAAGGAUACUGACCUGAACUUUGAGGAGUAUUUUUAAGAGAGCACCUGAGAACUUUCAAACGAACCUACUGUGCAUAAUAUGUUUGAGCUCUAAAAUUUAGAUAGCUUUAUGUAAUUAUACAAAUAAAUGCCACACAUAGAA